CGCGACGUCAGAUCAUUGGGCAAACUGCACUUUUUGCUGUAGUACAAUAUCUUGAAGUGUUGUUUUUCCAGGAACUAUUUUAUAAAAUAAUAAAAAUUAUAUAUCAAAAUAAAGGAAAAUUUUCACCUGACAAAAUUUUUAUCAUUAUGAUUCGCCGUUCAUUGAUGCAGAAUUUUGUCAUAGCAAAAUACAACAUCAAACGAUACCAAAAUCGCAUGUAGAGAUGUAACGAAAAUGUCUGAGCAACAGAAGAUUAUACUUACAUUUUGCCAGAAACUGGCGCCAAAACGUUUUAAAAUUCAUACUGACGUUGACGUCAUCAUUUACGCAGAUGAUGUCAUUUGAAUUAACGUUAACGUUUGAAAAGUGCGGAGAAAAAUGAAGAUUUCGUGAAUGAGAAAUUUGUGUAGAGAUACAAGAAUUGUGUUUAAAGAAUGACGGGUGGUUCCAAAAGACAAAAUAUUCAGAAAAGAAUAGACAACAAGAAAGGAAAGCGGAAGAAACAGAAGUUGGAUUGGUAUAAGAGAAACGCAGCGAAUAUCAACUACCAUCGUAGAAAUAAAAUACAAGAUUAUUCACAGACGGACAAUGCAUUGAGAAAACGGUAUAUUAGACAGACACAAGCAGAGGCAAAAAAGAGGAGAACAGAGUAUCAGAGAAAAUGGAGGUCGAAGAGAAAAAAUAAAGUCAGUGACAUAGAAAUUGCAAGCUUUCCAAAUAGAAUGAAAAAGUUACGAGCUUUGAAAAAGAUGAAAUCUUCUUUGCCGAAAACACCAACCAAGAGAGCAGCAACAAUCGCGGCAUAUUUUGAAAACCAUAAAAGUCCGGUCGUUCAAUCCGUAAGAAAGAAAUUAAUUUCAAAUAAUGAUAGCAGAGAAGAUAUGGUUUUACUAGAGGCUGUUAUGUGCGACAUAAAAGAAAAUUUGAAACUCAAGAAAAAGAAAAGAUCACAUGAGGCGAGAAUUGAAAUGAACUCUAUCACAACAACUAUUAGUGGAGAGUCAGUCAGUAAAUCAAGAUGCAAAGUUAAGCUUGCUAAAAAACUAGGUGUUCCAGUUAGAACUAUAGCAAAAGGGUAUAUAAUUAGAUCUCAGAUCUCCCACGCUGAUGAGUCGUGUUUCAAAUAUACCACUCGCAAAACCCGCAAAGAUGCGAUAUCAGAAGAACUUAAAAGAAAAAUUUAUGAUUUUUGGUGUGCACCUGACAAUUCCCAUCCUUCAGGCAAUAAGAAUGACGUAAAACGAGUUAGAACUGGUUUUAAGUCUUACACAAGUCAUACAGUACAGGUUUUACGGAAAAAAAUUUACACAAAGCAACCCUGA